UUUUGGCUGGUUCCGUAGCGAGGAAGCUAAAAAGACGACUUCACUGGGGAUCGAACCCAGAAUCUCUGGUUCCGUAGACCAGCGCCUUAUCCAUUGGGCCAUGAAGUCCUUUGAUAUCGAUGUUUCAUAUCAGUUAAUUGACGUUUGUUCUUUCAAGUUAAGCUGCAUCUUUCUUUGCCACCUUUUGCCGCUGUUUGAUCGAACCAACUUCUCAGCAACCGCAACCAAAGAAAAAGGGGCGAAUGAAUGAACGAGAGCGCUGGGAAUAUUGGAAUCUUUGUUCUUUUUUUUUAUUUUAAUUUUUAGCGGUGGAAAUUCUUCGUGAAUUGCAUCUUAUUCCAUAAAUAGGAACAGCAUAUGGGUAAAGAGCAAUCGUUUCGGAGCAAAGCGGCUUACUUUGUUUCUGAUUUAGCCACUGUUCUUCUCAACCCUAUUUCUGACAGCAAAUCCCCCUCUCUCCCUCUAUCCGUAGAAGAAGGAGAAGAAGAUGAUGAUGGGUCAAAGGUUGGUAGUCAUGAUGAAAUAAUUGAUGGGCCUGAUACUUCGUCAUUCACUGCGUUUCUAUAUUCUCUGUUGUCUUCUUCGGAUUCUGGAGAUAACAUUGGUGAAGCUGAUGAGAAGAAUGAUGAUGGGGUGGCAGAUGAUGACUCUUCAUUACCAGACUCUGCCACGAAGGAAAGUUUUGUUGUGAGGAGAAGUUUGUUUUCCAGGGGCAGGCAUUCACUUGGUUGGGCCAUUCACCAAGCUUCCAAAAUGGGUGGAUUUCGCAGCAGGGAUAGUAAAUACACGGACGAAGGGCGCCUCGGCGUUGAGAUGAAGCGCAUUGUGAAGGAGCCUGUGGCUGUGGCGGUGGCUGUGGCUGAUCAGCAUCCGCCUGCAAUUUCUGAGCCUUCAAUGCUAGUCUCCAAUGGUUUGAGGGAUGCUGUGUAUGCUUCACUUCCGGCGGUUCUUCACGGCCGGAAAUGGCUGCUGCUGUACAGCACUUCGAAGCAUGGUAUAUCACUUUCAACUCUCUAUCGGAGAAGCAUGCUUUGGCCUGGAGUGAGUUUGCUGGUUGUUGGAGACCGUAAAGGAGCAGUGUUUGGUGGUGUGGUUGAAGCUCCUCUUAGACCAUCCAACAAGAAAAAAUACCAGGGAACAAACAAUUCAUUUGUUUUCACAGACACCUCUGGUUGUCCUGUUAUAUAUCGGCCAACAGGAGUAAACCGCUACUUCACACUUUGCUCCACUGAGUUUCUAGCAAUUGGUGGGGGAGGUCAUUUUGCGCUCUAUUUAGAGGGUGAUCUGUUACUAUUUCUGACAUAUCUGCUCAAGAUUGAACGGAUCAAGUUCGGUUUCAGAAACUUACGGGAAUCCAUGCCUCGCACAUUCUCAAGAGUUUGAAGUGAAGGGAGUAGAGUUGUGGGGCUUCGUAUUUCCUACAAAGUAUGAGGAAAUGAUGGAAUUAAUCAGAACAGAGGCACCGGGGAUCUGUCGCAGCUAAAAUAUCUCUGGAUAAGUGUCAAUGCCUUGGUGCGUGCAUUUUAUGGAAUGCUGACUCAUAACAUGACAAUAGCAAGGGAUGCAAAGUUGAUUGAUAUACAAUACGAUGAAGAAAUUCCAUGUAUCCAUCCACUCAUGUUACCACCUUGUAACACGCUUGUAAAUAUUUGCAAUGUUGUAUAUACAGGUUCAUACCCAUUACAAAAUGGCCGAUUUUGUGGGGAAUUAAA